AUGGUAGCUUUACUUGGUGCUAGUGGUGGUAUUGGUCAACCUCUUGGACUUCUUCUUAAACUAAAUCCAUCUAUUUCUAGAUUGGCCUUAUAUGAUAUCGUUAAUACUGCUGGUGUUUCAGCUGAUCUUUCGCAUAUUGAUUCAAAAGCAAAGGUAACUGCCCAUACUGGUACGAAAGAGUUGAACGAUGCUCUUGAUGGAACUGAUAUAGUUGUUAUACCGGCUGGUAUGACCCGUGAUGAUUUAUUCAAUACAAAUGCAAGUAUUGUUCGCGAUUUAUGUGAUGCAGCAGCAAAAACCUGUCCGAAAGCAUUUAUAGCAAUAAUCACAAAUCCGGUCAAUUCAACUGUUCCUAUUGCUGUGGAGGUUUUCAAGAAGAAUCAUGUAAAAGAUACAAAACGUAUUUUUGGUGUUACAACAUUGGAUAUUAUUCGUUCACAAACGUUUGUCGCAGAAUUGAAAGGAUUGGAUGUAACAAAAACAACGAUACCAGUUAUAGGUGGUCACGCUGGUGUGACAAUAAUUCCAGUGCUAUCGCAAACAAAACCAGCUUGCAAGUUUACUGACGAGGAAGUAAAAUCGUUAACACCACGCAUUCAGGAGGCUGGAACAGAAGUAGUUAAAGCUAAAGCUGGAGGAGGAUCUGCAACUUUAUCGAUGGCAUUAGCUGCAGCAAAAUUCGUAGAAGGAUUGUUAAAAGCAUUAUCAGGUGAAAAUGUUGUACAGUGUGCUUAUGUACAGUCAGAUGUCGUGCCCGGACUUGAGUAUUUCUCCACACCUAUUAUGAUUGGCCAAAACGGACUUGAAAAAAAUCUUGGAACAGGCAAAUUAAGUAUGUAUGAAGAAAAUCUAGUUAAGACAGCAAUUCCGGAAUUACAGAAAAACAUAGCAAAAGGCAUCAAAUUCGUUCGAGGCGAUUAA